UCCUAUCCUCCAUUGAGAAAAGUUUUCUUUAUGGCAGUUUCUUCCUCUUCUCCAUGAAUUUCUCUCUAUGCAGAUCUUCUCUGAUCCCAAAACAUAUAGAAUGAUAACCGUCUCUAAACCCUAACGAUGGAGAUUGUGACCGGAGAUCGGUACCUCAAUUCUCUGGUGAAAUUCGUGGAGAAUCAGGCUGGUCCUUUGAUUGAAGGAGCUUUAGUUUUGAAAUUGAAUCCGGUAGGACUUCACUACGUUCAGUCUAGGCUUGAAUCUCUCAGCGAACUCGAAUCACUUCUUGUUGGAGCUCCGGUGGAUUACCUCCGUGCGUACAUUUCUGACCUUGGCGAUCACAGAGCGCUUGAACAGCUCAGACGAAUUCUUCGGCUCCUGACCUCGCUCAAGGUUGUGUCCGUUUUUCCUCAGCCUUUUAGAGAUCCAACGCCAUUGUCAUUGUCUUCGUUUGGACGAUUGAAGUUUCUGGAGCUACGUGGAUGUGAUCUUUCCAUUUCAGCUGUUAAUGGAUUGCUUGAAUUGAGACAUACUUUAGAGAAACUCAUUUGCCAUAAUUCAACUGCUGCACUUCAACAUGUAUUUGCAAGAAGAAUUUCUGGUAUUCGAGGUUCACCACAAUGGAAACGCUUGUCAUUUGUAUCAUGUGCAUGCAAUGGCCUUGUUCUGAUGGACGAAUCUUUGCAACUUCUUCCUGUUGUAGAGACACUUGAUUUGAGCAGGAACAACAUCGCAAAAGUUGAUAAUCUGUUGAAGUGCACCAGGUUGAAGUACUUGGAUCUUGGUUUCAAUCACUUGAGAACAAUUACAUCGUUUGUCUUUGAGGCCUCCCUCAAUAUUGUUAAACUUGUUUUGAGAAACAAUGCUCUAACUACAUUGCGCGGGAUAGAGAACUUGAAAUCACUGGAGGGACUUGAUAUUUCGUACAACAUCAUUUCAAGUUUCUCAGAAAUUGAAAUGGUUGCGAGUCUUCCAUCAUUGGAGUACUUAUGGUUGGAGGGAAAUCCAUUGUGUUCAACGAGGUCGUACAGAGAGCAAGUCUUCAGCUUUUUCCUUUUUCCGGACAAACUGAUGUUAGAUGAUAAGAAAAUCUCUAGAAGAGAGGUUUGGAAGAGAGAAAUUAUUGUUACAAGUAGACAGAAGAGACUUGCAAGUGUUGGAUUUUACUUACCCGCAAAAAGUGAUACUGAUUUAGGGACAACUGCCAAUCCAAAAAAGAAGAAACAUUCUCGUCUUGCCAGUAUUGAGAGUGAAGAGAAGAAGACUGCAUCCAUAUGCUCUGAUCUAGAGUCUGUGACAUAUGAGAAUGAAAUACAGAAUAGAGACAAUAAUGUCAUCUCAGACGAGGAUGCUGAAAUUGUUGGGCUGUUGAACAAUAUUGAAUGCAUGAAAAAAGAGCAUUCUGUUCAGUGCUUGACGAAUCAGGAUCCGCAGAAACUUACAGAUGAGAGUAAUCAUCCAAGACAUAGACAUUUUGGUGAAAGUUCUAGUCAUGUCAAUUCCGAUCAUUCUCUUGAUGAACUUAAUGAAACGGCUUCAAAACUUCCCACAAGCUAUGAAGAUAUUGAUAAAAAGGAACAAUACAGAGAAAUUGGUGCAAGCUCUUACAUUUGUACCGAUGAUAUUGUGCAAUCUGCUCCCCUGGGAUCACCUCCUCAAUAUCAAGAGGACAUUUUGCAUCGCCGUCAUAAUUUAGUGGAAGAAUUCUUGCAGUUAUCUGCACAUUCCUUUUCAGUGGCAUCUUCUGAUAGUAAUUCCAGCUGUAAUGAUGAUGACUUUGAUAAGUUUGGGGCAUCCAUCUCUAAAGAUGACUGGUCAUUAAUUGAAGACGUCACAGAUACAGAGGUGCGCACAUCCUUAUUUCAUUCCGAGGAGAAUCUUUCUGGAAAAUCACCCAAUGCUUCAGAGUCUAUGCAAAAUGGGAAUUUGCCGUAGUAGCAAUGAAGAUAAAGUUUUAUGUAUUGUGCAUGCGUACAACAAUUAACAAGUUAUGGGUCAGGUUAGGUUUGUUGUGGAAGUAGCUUUAAAAGUGGUUGCCACAGAACUAAACAAGUAUCUGUCAGUCUUGGACUUCAGAUUGUGAGGUUAGUGAGUUGUUUUGAUGGUAUAAUAUCUUUUAACCGAUAUAGGAGGUUUUGCAUUGAAAAGGUCAAAACUAGGGGCAUUAAUCUGAUUAAGUAUAAAUUAAAUAAUGUAGGUUGUAAUUCGGUUGAGUCGGUUUCUUCCUAAUCGUUGGUAUCAUUUUUUCUUUUUAAAUUCCAACGUCGGUUUUGAAUGUUGUUCGGGUUGGUCAGUUAUAACGAGUCUAUUUGAAACUGGUAUUUUAUCACAAUAUUCAUUACAAUCACAACAACAUUAUAAAAUCGUCAGGAUGAUAUUUCUUAGCUUAAUUGGCAAGAGACUGACUUGUUCAAAAAAGAAUUGCUUUUUUUUUAUUAGAUAUGAUGAUGUGGUGGAAUUAUAAUAGAAAAAAGGCUAUUUUUUUUAUCCAAUUUUAUAUUUAGAUUUAAAAAAAAAAAUUACAUAGAAAUUUCUGGAACACUAGUCCAAAAUGCGAGCCAACUAUUUUUGUAUCAAAUUUUGGUACGAAUUUAUUGUAUUUUUAGUAGGUUGACAAAAAGUAUCUGUUAAGAAGGUUUUAAUUGUUGAAUUAUAUUAAAAUUAAUUUAGGGGGAAAGUAAGGACAAAUAUAAAAAAUAUCGUAAUUUUUUUUUAUCAUGUUUUCUUUGUUUAGUUAUACAAGAGUCUCAUUUUAUUAUGGUUAAAAUCAUCACCAAAAUAAACAAUGUCUUGUAUAAAAAGAGUGAAUUCGUGGAUUUAUGGUUGUAAACAGUUUGGUUGAGUCGGUUUUUUCACACAGUUGGUUAUUCCAAAGCAGAAGUUUGUACUUUACAUUUCCUUUGUUCUCUUGAUUGAUAUAUGUAAUCAAGUAGUUUAAUUGCCUAAUAAAGUAACUCCUUUUUUUUUUAUUAGGGUAUAGAUUAAGCAUUCAAAGAGGCAUACCAUAUCAAGAGACAGUUGUAAGUUAUAACUAUAUCGAUAAAAAGUAGGUUCUCCAAACCUAUCUUGGAUAAAAUAAAAGUUAUAUGAAUUGUAUGAUGAUUACGAGAAUCUCAGUCCUUAAAGAUUAAUCUAAACAUAUGAGAUUCGGCAUGAGAGGUUUGAAAGAAUAAAAGAAGAAAUGAAGAGCAAUGUUAGAAGUUGGGCGAUUUCCCUUAAUCGAGGCUAUUAUACAUAAUAGGAGAUGAAUUGGUGUUCUCUUUCGAUGUUCUUAGGAUUGGUUGGUGCAAAUUUGGCGAUUGUGCUUAUGUUUGAAAGGUGGAAUACUUAACCCCUCAUUUGUUUUUGAUUGGUACAUUGUGUAUAUAGACUAUAGAGCCUUCACUAUUAUUUUGUUAAAAUUUGAUAAUU